AGUUGUGGUUUUGUGUAGUUGCAACCACAAGUUGAAUGCAGUGGGAGUAGCCUUUUAAUAUGCUGGCUUGAUCCAAGGCCUGCCAUUAUUAAUAUAGGCCUGUACUUUUAUAGCCAGUAAGUACAAGUUGUACAAGCUAAACUGGAGCCAAGCAUAACACUGUAAAGAGGCAAAUAUGACCAGCAGUCGUGACUUCAGUGACUACCCGAGCUCUGAGGGGAUGGAGGAGGUAUCACGCACUCCGGGGAGCAGGAAGCCAUUUUCUCCGAUAGCCGAAGAAGAAUGUGAAAACGAUGGAGAUCACAUGACGUCCAAGCAACACCCACGCAACCACACCGUGUCACCAAGGUCUUCGAUGAGCCCCAACCACUCUUCAGUGAGUCCUGUAUCGUCAGGUUCUGACCACUCGUCACGAUCUCCGCCCACCACACACUCACACCUCCCUCCACCCUCAUCACAACCCCCACCCCUCCCAUCGUCACAUGCAAGACCACACCCACCACCACCACCUCCAAAUCCCCACCCUCGAAUAAACUCUCACUUCUCAACAAAGAGAAUUGGAUUUAAUUCAUCUGCUACUGGACCACGAACACUGCAGCAACAUGUACCUUCAGGUCAUGUGACAUUGACGCCUCGUUCAAGGAAGCCGUAUGAAACACACCAUCUUCAUUAUCCGAAGCAUACGGUCGGCCCAUUACCGCCGAGUCAGCUUUCCUCAGGGGGAGGUGGGCAGCAAUAUCAAUGGGUGCCUCGGCCUAGUGGUGUAGGGAAGCCUUCUUAUGGUCCAAUUAUACAAGAUGGCCAAUCAAAUUCUUCAAUGUAUUCGUACGAUCCUGUUGCCCCUAACAACAAUAUGGGUGUGGUCAAUUCCAAGUUGGUCCCAACAAAGAUGUACCCGACAGUGACAGGUCACCAUAGCAACAGGGACUCCCCCGAUAACGGCACUAACGAGGUGUUAAUUGAUCCUGGAGAGAGGGGAUCCCCCUCAGGGGAGAGCAGUCCUAGCUCCACCCCCAACAGUACCCUCGGCAAACAGAUACAUCGUCACAUGAUUGAGAGUAUACAUGCUGUGGGGAGUGUGGGGCGUGAGGGUGGGGAGGAGGAGGUCAAGGUUCAACAUAACAACAGAGGUACCACUACAGUACAGAUGGGGAAAGUUUCUCUCUCUAUACCAAACACACGUCACCACGUAAACUCACAUUCGACCAACCAGAAGCCAUCAAAACUUAUGAGGACUUUAGAAGCUAGAAAGAUCGACAGCGAAGAUUCAGUUCGUCAGAUUAGAACUAACGUGGCUCUAAAAGUAUCGCAAUUCAAUCAAAACGGAAACCAUUCUGGAGGGGCUACAAAGAACGAAAAAGAUGCUUCACCAACGAAUGAUAAAGACAAAGAUAAAAGUAGUUCAAACGGAUCGGCAGGUCCGAGCCCAGUGGGCGGGGCCUCCAAGAUAAGCCCCACCCACUCUGGCACGAUAGCAGAGGGAUCACAAGGUCGAUUAGUGGGUGACUCUCGUAGCUCAAGUGUGGAAGAGUUGGCCAUUAUCAAUGAUGAAGAACAAACCGAUUCUGCACAUUCAGAAAUUCCGAUGCUCAAACCAGAUCCAUCAAAAUCUAAACCACACCCACCAUCUGGCGGGCAGGCCCAUUAUCCGCCCCCUCCACACCACUCACACCAUCACGCAGACCCCUACCCUACCUACGUUAGCCUAUCACAGCCACCCCCUCAAGGCAUACCUCAGGGCAUAACACAAGGCAUUGUACCACCUCCAAGUCUCUCACAGCAAGACCAUCGCUACAUGUACGAUCCCCACAGAGCAGAACUAGCCUACACAACUCACACUGGAAUGUAUCCCGCCCACCCCUCAAUGGCGUACGAGGCAGCGGCUAGUCGGCAUCAUCACAUCUCUCCCCCACACUCCUCACAGGCCCACGCCGCCCACUCGUCACAGGCUCACGCCCCCCACCAAUACAUUGUAGCGCAUCACGGCUAUAGGCCACCACCGCACGAUUACAUCGGAUCACAUGAGCACCACCCUGGGUCACAUGAGCAUCACAUGAGCCACAGAGGACUUCCCCCUGGUAUGCAGUACAUGAGAUCAGACCAACAACAAUACUCCCCCUCACAUCACAUGACCAACAAACUGCCGAGACACGAACCAUUCUCUAAGAACAAUGUUAGUCUAGCACACGAGGCGGCUGCUAAUGGAGACAUCAAGACUCUGCAUCACAUGUUGAGCAGUCACGAGGUGGACACGUACGGUAGUAACGAGCACCACUUCAGUCUGGCCCACAAGGCUGCCCUCCAUGGCCGCCUGCCCAUCAUACAGUUCCUAGUGGAGAGUGGACUGCCCUCCUCCGCACUGCAGAUACCAGAUGACUCAUUCACCACACCCGCCAUGCUCGCUAUACAGGGUGGUUCAGUAGAGUGUCUCCAAUGGCUAGUGGAGGAGGCUAAGAUCCCCUUCCAAGUGAGGGACACUGGGGGAGAGACUCUCAUGCAUCACGCUGCGUUCCAUGGACAGGCCAAGUGCCUUGAGUGGCUUCUCAAGACGGUGAAGAAGAGGAACGAACAGUCGGAAGUGACAGAGAUACUGGAUGAGUCUGGUGUGACCCCCGCCCACUUUGCCGCACAGGGAGGACACCUCGACUGUCUACAGCUGCUCAUGGACUUUGGCUACAGCAUGGUCCACACGGACAGGGAGAACCAGAAGCCGGUGGAUUGGGCCGAUGCUAUGGGUCAGAAUAUCUGUGUCCGCUAUCUCAUGAUGUACGAGACUUGUUGGGCACUCUCCGGAGAACUGACACACAUGGCUGAGCAGCUCGCUAUUGUACAGAAGGAUAAUGGACAGUUACGAGAUGCAUUCUCCAGUCUAGAGAAAGAGCAUGAAUCUGCCAUUACUAAACUGCUGACUAGUCACGAGGAGAGACUGACUAAGAUGAGGGAACAUCACGUCGACCUCAUGGCAUCAAUACUGCACAUGAACCAGGACACUCCGCCCACUGGAGGGGGAGGGGCUACUGCACCAUCAGCCAAUAAGAACAGGAGUCAAGUACCUGUGCGGAAGGCACCCCCUGAACCACCCACUACUCCUAAACGAUCCUCCAAUCGUCCCCCUGUACCCCCGGAUCCUGCCGCUAAGAAGAGGUCGCGAGGGUCAAAAGACAGAGGUCAUGAGGCGGCAGAUAAAGGGGAGGACCAUAAUACCAUUGACUAUCGAACAGCCACCCCCCAAGAAGUGUUAGAGUGAGUGAAUAGUAUAAAU